AUGUCGAAAUCACGCACUUGUUGGCAUCUUGACGUAGAACUGAUUGUGGUUUUGCAGGUUGACGAAACAGAAUUGGUGACAACGACGACAACAGCUAAAUUAGUUCCAGUCUUAUAUGAAAAACCUGCCAAGAAUCCGAUCUUCUUUCCGGCGAUAUUAGUUGGUCUUCAAGCAAUCUUUAUUAUCCUUUUGGGUUUACACGCUGACUACGGACAUGAACCUCAACCAGUCAGCGCACAUUUUUCUUUGCCACCCAACUCGGUUAUAUAUUUUCCAAAUGGAACCCAGAUUCGUAUUGGAGCAUAUGAAUCAACCGGAACACCACACCGAGGCAUUGCAGACUUUUAUUCCAUGUUUCAAGAUAUACACGUCAUGAUCUUCAUUGGUUUCGGAUUUCUAAUGACAUUUCUUCGACGAUAUGGCUUCAGUGCUGUUGGCUAUAACUUCCUCGUUGCUGCAUUUGUACUUGAAUGGGCUAUUAUUGUUCGUGGCUAUAUGUUUGACUUUGAUGCCGAUACGAAAACAUUCCCUAUCGAUGUUGAACGAAUCAUUGUAGCUGAUUUCGUUGCGGCAGCUAUACUCAUUUCAUUCGGUGCAGUGUUAGGCAAAGUUAAUCCAACCCAAUUGAUAAUCAUGGCUUUUAUUGAAGUUUUACUUCAAUCAGCAAAUGAAUUCAUUGGUCUUCGACGCUAUUGUGCUUAUGAUAUCGGUGAAUCUAUGUUCGUUCACGUAUUUGGUGCUUACUUUGGUUUAGCGGUAUCCUACAUGCUCUACGACGAAAAAUUGAACAGUCAAGAAGCUGAACAACGCGAAAAGUCCGUUUAUAACUCGGAUCUUUUCUCAAUGAUCGGUACAAUCUUUCUCUUCUGUUUCUGGCCAUCAUUCAACGCUGGUGUCGCUGCAGCUGGUGAUUCCCGUCUUCGAGCUAUUGUUAAUACUUACAUAAGCAUUGCAUCUAGUGUCCUACUUACAUACAUAUGUUCAUGUAUAUUUAACAAAGAAAAGAAAUUCGAUAUGGUUCACAUUCAAAAUGCCACAUUAGCUGGUGGUGUUGCUGUUGGUACUGUUGCUGAUAAGAUUGUUCGUCCAUUCGGUGCUAUGAUUAUCGGUUCAGCCGCAGGUGCUUUAUCAACUGGUGGUUUUCAAUUUGUCAAGAAGAUUCUUCAAAAAUUCCGUGCUCACGAUACAUGUGGUGUUAAUAAUCUUCAUGGUAUGCCCGGUUUACUUGCUGGUAUUAUUGGUAUUAUAUUAGCUCUAUUUCCUGCUCAUUCAUUGUACACUGAUAACUUACUUCCUAUUUGUUGGCACGGAGCUUAUCGAACAUAUAUAGGUCAACUUGCUUAUCAAGCUGCUGCCUUAGGAACUACAAUUGCUAUUGCUGUUAUUGGAGGUGUCAUUACAGGUAUUAUCUUACGUUUACCACUUCUUAAUGAUGACCGUCCAUCAUCAUACUAUAACGAUCGUACACAUUGGGAAACACCCGAUGAUUUUCAUCAAGAUGCCAUUACUGCUAUACAUCCAGUUGAAGUAGAACAUCACCAUGUAUAUUUCUCAGAUCCAGCCAUGGAUAUUCAUUCGUUGAUGGGCAGAGCCUCGACAAUGAUGUCAGGCAAACGAAAUGAUGACAGUAUGUCUGAUAGACUUAAUUAUCGUUAUACAGUCGCAAUUUUGGUGAUAUUCGCCAUCAUCAAUAUGAAUCGUUUAUAUACAGAUCAAAUCAAAUGUUGGGUACCGGCGUUCUUUACACCAAAUUACGAUGAGUAUGUUCGAUCUGUAUGUUUUGUACAAAAUACUUACUAUUUGAAGCAUGCUGAUAAAAUUCCGAAAUCACUCAAUGCGAAAAAACAAAGCGAAAUCCUGUAUUAUCAAUGGAUACCGUUUCUGUUACUUAUUAAAGCAUUUCUAUUCUAUAUUCCACGUAUGUCAUGGAAUGCUUUUGGGCUGAAGAGCGGAGUACAACUGUCUGAUCUCGUCGAAUCCUCAUUUGAUUAUAAACUGCCCACAACUGAUGCAGCACAUCGACAAAUGUGUCUCGAUUAUGUUAUUAGUACCAUUGAUGAAUAUUGCAAUGAUCAUCGGCGACAAGCUGAAGCGCGCAAGCAUCUCAACGUGCUUCAACACAAAUUUUCCAUAAGCUGUUGUUUAUCAGGACGAUAUCUCGGCAAUUAUCUAGUCGUACUUUACAUGACGACAAAAUUAUUGUAUAUUGGCAUUUCGUUAUUUCAAAUCUUCAUAUUGAGUAUUCUGCUAGGCUCGAAUUUCGCCUUCUAUGGUAUAGAAGUAAUCGAUCGUUUGUUUCGAGGUAUGAAUUGGGAUUCGGAAACGCGGUUAUUCCCUAAAACAACAUUAUGUGAUUUUACUGUUCGAGAAUUUGGUCAUCCUAAACUCUCUCACGAAUAUACCGUUCCAUGUGUUCUACCAUUGAAUCUAUUCAAUCAACAGAUGUUUACCUUUCUUUAUUUUUGGUAUCUGAUUGUUAUCCUAUUAAAUAUCGGCGACUUUUUCCUUUGGUUGUACAUUAUCUCGCCGGGAAAUCGUCGUGCUUUCAUUCGUACGCGUCUUCAUACGAAAAAGUAUCCGUUGACGAAUGCAACGAGAGAUGUGGAAAAGAUUCGUAUGUUUGCCGAUGAGUAUCUGGAAGCUGACGGGUUCUUCAUGUUGAUUCUAAUCAAAGAAAAUAGCUCCGAUUUUGUCGCAUCGGAAAUUAUUCAUCAUUUGUACACGGACAAAUUUCUCGCCAGAUAUUUUCGACACACAACGGCGACGAUCUAUGAUGCAAUCGAUACCAAACACGAAGACGAUGAUUUGGAAGGAAACGGCAAACGCCGACGUCAAUUUUGUUCGUUAGUAUGUUAG